AUGUCGCAACUGAAGUACUAUUCAUAUGUCGGCCAUGGAGUUCGUCUCCGCGAACAAAUAAACUACAACCAAGCCGUGCGUAUUAAUGAUCGCAUCGAAUGCUCCGGACAGUGCGGUUGGGAUCAUAUCACGGGCGAAGUGCCGGACGAAUUUAAUUCCCAACUCGAGAAUGCGUUCAAAAACGUUGAUGUCAACUUACGUGACGCGGGUGGUCAAGGGUGGUCUCAGGUGUUCAAGGUGCGACUUUAUGUUCUCGAGUUCAGUCCCGAGAAAAUUGCUGCCUACGUCGACCUGACACGGAAGUGGAUGCCUAAUCAUUCCCCUAUUCUCACCGGACUAGAAGUCGCUGGACUUUCAAACCCGAACUUCAAAGUUGAGCUUGAAGUCGAAGCACACGACCCGGAAGGUGCAAAGACCGCUCUGGCCUAA